CCUGAGCAGGUAGAUGGCCCCCCCAGGCCGGGCCCUGCGGACACCCCUCCCUCCGGCGGGCGGAUGCAGUGCCUAGCGGCCGCUCUGAAGGACGAAACCAACAUGAGUGGGGGAGGGGAGCAGGCCGACAUUCUGCCGGCCAACUACGUGGUCAAGGACCGCUGGAAGGUGCUGAAGAAGAUCGGGGGUGGGGGCUUUGGUGAGAUCUACGAGGCCAUGGACCUGCUGACCAAGGAGAACGUGGCCCUCAAGGUGGAGUCUGCGCAGCAGCCCAAGCAGGUCCUCAAGAUGGAGGUGGCGGUGCUCAAAAAGCUUCAAGGGAAGGACCACGUGUGCAGGUUCAUUGGCUGCGGCCGGAACGAGAAAUUUAACUACGUGGUGAUGCAGCUGCAGGGCCGGAACCUGGCGGACCUGCGCCGCAGCCAGCCGCGCGGCACCUUCACGCUGAGCACCACGCUGCGGCUGGGCAAGCAGAUCCUCGAGUCCAUCGAGGCCAUCCAUUCGGUGGGCUUCCUGCACCGCGACAUCAAGCCGUCAAACUUUGCCAUGGGCCGGCUGCCCUCCACCUACCGGAAGUGCUAUAUGCUGGACUUUGGGCUGGCCCGGCAGUACACCAACACCACGGGGGACGUGAGACCCCCUCGGAAUGUGGCCGGGUUUCGAGGGACUGUGCGCUACGCCUCGGUCAAUGCCCACAAGAACCGGGAGAUGGGCCGCCACGAUGACCUGUGGUCCCUCUUCUACAUGCUGGUGGAGUUUGCAGUGGGCCAGCUGCCCUGGAGGAAGAUCAAAGACAAGGAGCAAGUGGGGAUGAUCAAGGAGAAGUACGAGCACCGGAUGCUGCUGAAACACAUGCCCUCAGAGUUCCACCUCUUCCUGGACCACAUCGCCGGUCUGGAUUACUUCACCAAGCCCGAUUACCAGUUGAUCAUGUCAGUGUUUGAGAACAGCAUGAAGGAGCGGGGCAUUGCCGAGAAUGAGGCCUUUGACUGGGAGAAGGCGGGCACCGACGCCCUCCUGUCCACCAGCACCUCCACCCCACCCCAGCAGAACACCCGGCAGACGGCAGCCAUGUUUGGAGUGGUCAAUGUGACGCCCGUGCCCGGGGACCUGCUCCGAGAGAACACUGAGGACGUGCUCCAGGGCGAGCACCUGAGUGACCAGGAGAACGCGCCCCCAAUCCUGUCGGGGAGGCCCACGGAGGGGCUGGGCUCUGGGCCCCACCUCGUCCCCCAUCCUGGGGGUCCCGAGGCUGAGGUCUGGGAGGAGACCGAUGUCAACCGCAACAAACUCCGGAUCAACAUCGGCAAAACCCCCUGUGUGGAGGAGGAACAGAACCGAGGUGUGGGCAUCCCCAGCUCCCCAGUGCGAGCUCCCCCGGAUUCCCCAACCACCCCAGUGCGUUCUCUGCGCUACCGCAGAGUCAACAGCCCCGAGUCGGACCGGCUUUCCACGGCGGCAGAUGGCCGGGCCGAGCUGCCCGAGAGGAGGUCGCGGAUGGAUCUUCCCGGCUCCCCCUCACGCCAGGCCUGCUCCUCACAGCCCGCCCAGAUGCUGUCGGUGGACACGGGCCACGUGGACCGGCAGGCCAGCGGCCGGAUGGACGUGUCCGCCUCUGUGGAGCAGGAGGCCCUUAGCAACGCCUUCCGCUCGGUGCCGCUGGCGGAGGAGGAGGACUUCGACAGCAAGGAGUGGGUCAUCAUCGACAAGGAGACGGAGCUCAAGGACUUCCCCCCGGGGGCCGAGCCCAGCACGUCAGGCACCACGGACGAGGAGCCCGAGGAGCUGCGGCCGCUGCCCGAGGAGGGCGAGGAGCGGCGGCGGCCGGGGGCAGAGCCCAGCGUGCGGCCCCGAGGCCGAGGCAUGCAGACGCUGGCCGAGGAGGACCUGCGGCUGGGGGCCCAGCCCCUGCCACCCCCGCUGAGCCAGGCCGACGGCCGCUCGGACGCGUCACAGCCCCCCACGCCUGGCAGCCCUUCCCACUCACCCCUGCACUCGGGACCUCGCCCUCGGCGGAGAGAGUCGGACCCCACGGGCCCUCAGAGACAGGUGUUCGCGGCGGCGCCCCCCUCUGAGAUGAACGGGCUUCCUCGGGCUCUGCCCCUCAGCCUGCCCUACCAGCACUUCAAGAGAGAUCUCUCCGACUACCGCGAGCGGGCGCGGCUGCUCCACAGGGUCCGGAGAGUGGGGUUCUCCCACGUGCUGCUCCCCGGCCCCCAGGCCCCUCCGGCCGCGGCUCCUCCCCAGGCCAAUGGAAGGAGGAGGAGGAGGAGGGAAGAGGAGGAGGAGGACGAGGAGGAGGAAGAGGAGGAGGAGGAAGAAGAGGAAGAAGAGGAGGACGAGGAGGAGGAGGAAGAGGAGGAGGAAGAGGAGGAGGAGGAAGAGGAGGAGGAGGAGGAAGCCGGGGUUCUGGGGGAGGUGCUGGGGCCGCGCAGCGGCUCGAGCAGCGCGGGGAGCGAGGGGAGCACGGACCGGAGCCAGGAGGGCGCGCCGUCCACGCUGCUGGCCGAGGACCACAGGGAGGGCCGCGGCCGCGCCUCGGCGGCCGACGGGGACCUGGAGCCCGAGGAGGGCUCCAAAACGCUGGUGCUGGUGUCCCCGGGCGACAUGAAGAGGUCGCCCGUCACGGCCGAGCUGGCCCCGGACCCCGACCUGGGCACGCUGGCCGCGCUGACCCCGCAGCACGAGCGGCCGCAGCCCGCGGGCAGCCAGCUGGACGUGUCCGAGCCCGGCACGCUCUCCUCCGUGCUCAAGUCCGAGCCGCAGCCGCCCGGGCCGGGGCCGGGGGCCGGGGGGGCGGCGACCGCGGCCUCGUCCCCCUUCACCAAAGUCGAGCGGACCUUCGUCCACAUUGCCGAGAAAAGCCACCUGAACGUCAUGUCCUCGGGGGGCCCGGCCUCGAGGCCCGAGGGCGGCGCGGACGGGGCGGGCGGGCCGGGCGCCGGCGAGGAGGGGGCCCCGGCGCCCCCGGAGAGGGAGGGCGCGGGCGGCGCGGGGCCGGGGACCCCCCCGCCCCCCGCCGGCCCCGCCCCGCCCGCCCCGGCCCCGCCGCCCGGCCCCGGCGCGCCCCCCGCGGGCCGCGGCCCCCGGCCCCGGAGCCGGAUCCCCGUGCUGCUGUCGGAGGACGACACGGGCUCCGAGCCCUCGCGCUCGCUGUCGGCCGCCGAGUGGCGGAGCCGGCGGGCGGCGCGGCCGCAGGACCUGGCGCGGCUGCUGAUGGAGAAGCGGCAGGGGCGGCUGCGGCUGCGGCUGGCGUCGGGGGCGUCGGGGGCGUCGGGCGCCUCGUCCUCCUCCAGCGAGGGCCCCCGGCGCGCCUCCGAGACGCUGUCGGGCACGGGCUCCGAGGACGACGCGCCCGCCUCCGAGCCCCCCGCCGCCGCCGCCGCCGCGCCCCGGAAGGCCGGGCCCCCGAGCCGCAUCCCCCGCCCCGUCGGCCUCCGCACGCCCUCGCCCGCCCCCGCCCCGCCGCCCCCGGGCCGGCUCCGCGGCGGGGCCCCCGCGCCCGCGCCCGACGCCGCCGUCACCAGCAGGCUCCAGCUGCAGAAGCCCCCGGGCUCCGCCCCGGCCGCCGCCCCGCGCCCCGCCCCGCCGCCCGGCCGAGCCCCCCCGGGCGCCCGGCCCCCGGCGCCCCGCAGCCCCGGCCUCCCCCGCGCGCCCCCGCGCCCCGCGGGCCCCCGAAGCCGGUCCCUGCCCCGCCGGGAGAGCCCCUCCCCCUCGCACCCAGCCCGGCCCGCGGGGCCCCCGGCCCGGGGCCCCCCGCCGGCCCGAGCCCCGCCUGACGGCACCCCCGCCCCCGCGGGCCCCAAGAAAGGCCCCCGGGGGAAACCCCAGACUCAGCGCACCGCAACCAAAGGCCGGGCCGGGGCCGCGGAGCCCCGGGCGGGGACCAGGUAA